CCCUUCAAUUUCAAAUCUCCCCUCCUCUCCUCUCUCUAUCUCCCCCGCUCCUCGCCGCCCCGCUCCCCCGCUCCUGAGCUCCUCGCCGCCCCGCGGAACCCUAACCCUGCCCUACCCGCCGCCGCCACCCUCCGGAUGUCGGACUCCGAAGCGUCCCCGGCGGAGCAGCCCGCUCCGCCCACCGCGGCGCCCGCGGCGUCCUUCGAGAGCUCCCCGACCCCGUCCCCGGCGAGGAAGGAGGAGCUGCUGCCCGUGGGGGAAAAGAUCUCGGAAUUGAAUGAAUCACAAUCAGAGCUUUUAGGGAGACUCCGAGGACUUAAGGAGGAUCUGCAGAAUUGGAGGAGCAAUUUAGACACCCAAGUGACAAAAUACAAAGUUGAACUUUCUGAUAUCAAAAGUGCACUCAAUAAUGAAAUAGAACAGCUUCGUUCAGAUUUCCAAGAGCUGAGGACCACCCUUAAGAAACAGCAGGAAGAUGUGUCACUUAGCUUAAAGAAUUUGGGGCUUCAAGAUGCUACUGAAAAUGAUGGGAGCAAAGGAAGUGGAGAGGAGAAUACAAAUGAGGACUUGUCAGCUAACUUAGGGAGCUUGAAAUUGGGUGAUGCUUCUGAAAAUCAUGAUGAAAGCAGAGACGCUAAGGAUGACAAGACUGAGGAAAGCCCUGCUGCAGAUGGUGCCGCCGACAAAGGCACCAAGGAGGGGACCCCAAGUGAUGAAUAGAUCAAGGCAGGCAAGGUGAAACAAAAAUGGAGGAGCUGCUUCUCUCAUGGCUCCGCCCUAGGAAGUUUAAGAACAGUGAUAAUGUAGGUUAUUGUACAAGAAAACGAGCCCAUGCUUCGUGAUGGCUCGCUUGGUCGUGUAGCCUAGUGUUACGGAACGCUGUCGUGACCUGCAAAGGCCCAAGCCUCUGAAAUUGCCGUUACAGUCUAACAAUCGCAUGUGAUCAGCUGGUAUCACUCGCAGAUGCGCUCCUGCAUGCGUUUGAUUUGCAUUUGAGCUGGUUCUCGAUGGCAACCUUGCAAUGUUGAUAAGUCAUGGCCAACUUGGAACCUUGACAUGGAUUUUGGAUGGAGAAUGUCACAUCAGUAUUUAAAUUGAUUCCAA